CUUGUUUUGGCUCAGGCCACCUCCAGUUCUUCACUCAAAAGCAAAUCUCUGCCUGCCUGCCUGCCUGCCUGCCUCCACUUUCCCGCCUGGGGUGGGCGGCUGCCGCUGACUGCUCCCGCCAGGGCUUGAGGAUAUGGACAGCGAGGUCCAAAGCCUCUCAGAUGCAGAAGAGGAAGAAGGUGCCCUGUGGGACAAGAUUGAGAGUGCGCGGCACCAGCUCACCCGCUCUCUGAACCCGGCAAAGCUGACCCCGUACUUGCGCCAAUGCCGCGUGAUUGAUGAGCAGGAUGAGGAGGAGGUGCUGAGUGCCUUUCGGUUUCCGUGCAAGAGCAACCGGACAGGACUCCUGAUGGAUAUCCUUCGAAGGCGAGGGAAGCGAGGCUAUGAAGCCUUCCUAGAGUCCUUGGAGUUCUAUUACCCUGAACAUUUCACCCGACUGACAGGGAAGCAGCCAGUCCAGCGUUGUUCUAUGAUCCUGGACGAGGAGGGCCCCGAAGGCCUGACUCAGUUCCUGAUGAUGGAGGUGAAGAAGGUGAGGGCCCAGCGGAAGGGACACCUGGCCAAAGAGCACCAGCUGCAGGCGAAGAACCAGGCCUUGGAGGAGGAGAGCGGCCAGCUGAAGCAACAGCUCCAAGGACUGCAGAAGGUGCAGGCACGUUGCCAGCGGUUCCAGGAGGAGUGGGACUCCAACAGUCUGGAGCUGCUGCGGCUGAAGGACGAAAACUACCUGCUGGCCAUGCGCUACGCGCAGCUGUGUGAGGAGAAGAACGCUGCUGUCCUACGGAGCCGGGACCUGCAACUGGGGGUAGACCAGCUGAAAUGCAGAGCCAGUAGCCUGGAGGAAGAGUGCUCCUUGCUGAGGAAACAGGCACUGGCAGCUCCUCAGCGAGAGGUGGAGGAUCACAGCCUUGCCGACACUGUCUCUGAGCUGCGGGCCGAGAACCAGAGGCUGAUCGCGUCUCUUCAGGAGCUGCAGAGCGUGGUGCAGAAGGCAGGUGAAGGCCAGGUGCCGGGCUCUGAGAGGAUCCUGCUGGACAUUCUGGAGCAUGACUGGAAAGAAGCCCAAGCUGACCGACAGGAACUGUGCCAGAAAUUAGACUCUUUGCAAAAUGAACUGCAGUGGGCAGAGGAGCUGAGAGAUAAAUACUUGCAAGACAUGGAGGGUCUGCAGUUGAAGUACCAGACCCUGCAGAAGAAUUGUGACCUGUACAAACACAGAAUGACUACUGUGCUGGCUCAGCUAGAGGAGAUUGAGAAGGAAAGAGAUCAGGCAAUCCAGAGCCGAGAUGGCAUCCAGCUGCAAUACUCCCAAAGCCUCGUUGAGAAGGACCAGUACCGCAAGCGGGUUCGGGCCUUGGAAGAGGAGAGGGAUGAGUUGCUGAGCAAACUCACGCAGGCCGAGGGCAAGAUUGGCACCUUGGAUGCACAGCUGCAGCGAUGCCAUUGCACCAAGGGCCUGGCUAAGAAGAUGUGUUCCUCCUCCCAUUCGCUCUGUUCCAUCCUCAGUAGCACUUGGAGCAUGAUAGAGAAGCCUUCGACCCUGGAGGAUGGGGUUCUGGAGACACCAGGCAUCUUGGACAUCACGUUCCCUGGGGACUGCAUAAGCCCAGAUGUGGAUGUGAGUCCAGACAGAGAGAAGGAAAUCAACCGUCUUUCCAUCUUUCCCUUCCCACCCUGUGCUGGCUCCAUACUUCGACGGCAGCGUGAAGAAGGACCAUCUCCCAUUAAGAGCCGGUCUUAUGGGUCCUUUGGCAGCAUGGAAGACUUGACAGGAAGUGUCUCCACCACUGUCUCCUCCAUCAGAUCACCUUCCUCUUCUAGCAGUGCACACACCAGGGCAAAGUCGGAAAUUUGCUUGUCCAGCAUCUCUGACCAGCAGGAUUUUGCCAGGAGAUCUGUUGUGGUGCAUUUGUCCAGCGCAGAUCAACUGAGCAUUCCAGCACCCCAAAGCAGGGGACUUGCUGGGGACAUCUCCAUCCUCGGAGGAAACAGAACAGGGAUUUAUGUCCAGUGGGUGAGGCCAAGCUCGGAAGUGGAGAGGGCAGGACUCAGAGAAGGAUGCCGGCUCCUAGAGCUUAGGGGGUCACAGCUAAAUGGGGAGGUGCUCUCCCUGGAGAACUGCACACGGGAGGUAGCUUACCUGAGUCUGUUGCACUGGGAUGACCCAUCUGCUCUUGUCUUCCUGCCUGAUAUGAAGGGAUACCAGCCUGUCCAAGAAGCACGAGAUGCUGGCCGGAAGAUUCCUGGCGACUCGUUCUAUGUGCGCGCCAACUUGAGCCUGCUGGAGUUGGCGGACCCUUACGCCCUGUGCGUGAAGUGUCGGGAGAUUCUUCACGUCACCGACACCUUGCACAAGGGGAGGCUGGAGUGGUACUGUGCCCGAGUGGACCCCUUUACCCUCCAGGACUUGGACAGGGGCACGGUACCCAAUUAUAGCAGGGCUCACCAGCUACUGAAGAUCCAGGUUGCGGCCCGUGAAAAAGGCUGCAGGACUAAGCAGAAGAAACGCGCUCUGGACCCGCUUCGCCUGAUGAAACAGAAGCGGCAGGGGGAGGUGUCUUGGAAGGACCCUUAUCCAGAUGGAGUUGUAAAACCUUACAGUCCAGUGCACCCCCUGGUGGUUCAGACCCGUCGCCCCGUUGUGCUCUCACCUGGCUGCUUAGCCCCACGGCUCAUUAGGAACCUUCUGGACCUCCCUUCUUCGCAUCAGGACUUCUUCUUGUGCCCGACUGAUACUCUUGAUGAACAAAGAGUCUCCUCUGGCUCCUGCAAGAAUAGUGUUAAUGCUGAUAGGAUCUCUCCAAGCCAGAGGGAUUAUGGGAGGAUCCGCUCCAUCCAGGAGGCUGUUGGAAAGAAUAAACACUGCCUGCUAGAACUGGAGGUCCAGGUGGUGAGGGAUCUAAUUAAAAAUGAAAUAUACCCCAUCGUUAUCCAUGUCGAGGUCACUGAGAAGAACAUCAGGGGAGUCAGGAGCUUACUCGGGAAGCCAGGGCAGCGCGAUUCCGAGGUGCUGAAGCAGUGCCGGCAGGCCGAAUGGUCUCUCCACACCUUGCCGUGCUCGUGGGCCAGGGUGGACCCUCAGUCCUGGGGGAGUGCUGAGGAGUUGGUGAAAGUGGUGCGGGCUCACAUCUUCCAGGAGCAGACCAGGGUAGUGUGGGUGGAGGACAGCGAUAUGUGAUUGGCUUCCUGACGCAGGAAGGGGUUGGUUGUCUUUGAUGGGAGCGGCGGGUCUCCAACCAGAACAGUGGCCUCUGCAGGACAGGGGCUCGGACUCCAGGAUCCAUCGAGGUUCUCCCAAACCUUUGAUACACUCUGCACAUCCUUGGCCUUCGGUGCACGCUUGGCCCAUGUGACUUCUCUGUGGUCUGGUCAUUUCUUUUGCUAAGCUGCUUAGAAAACUGGAGGAAACCCCUGUGGAAUGCACCUCUCCGGUUCACUCUUUCCCCAGCCAUAAGGAUUAUAAGAACAUAAGAAGAGCCCUGCUGGAUCAGACAAAGGGACCAUCUAGUCCAGCACUCUGUUCACACAGUGGCCAACCAGCUGUUGACAGGAACCCACAAGCAGGACACAGGUGGAACAGCACCCUCCCACCCAUGUUCCCCAGCAACUGGUGUAUACAGGUUUACUGCCUCUGAUAAGAAGAGCCAUGCUGGUGGGUCAGAGCAAAGGCCUAUCUAGUCCAAUAUUCUGUUUCCCACAGCAGCCAACCCAAUGUCUAUGGGAAGUCCACAAGCAGGACAUGAGUGAGACCGCAAGUGGCACACAGAGUCCUAUUGCCCCAUUGCAACUGGCCGUCACCUAGCUCGUCAGCCGCCUCCACCCUGCUCUCCCAGACCCUUCAUUCUUCCCUGUGUGCUCCGUGACUCUUGUCUCUACCUCAGUUCACAUCCCAAUGGAAGCGUGUGCUCAUGGUUGGGUGGGGUGGGGAUGCGUUCCCCUGCCUCAGCACCUACGGACAUGCGGCGUCCCCUCAGCCGGAGUGACAGUAAGUGGGUUUGUGAGACUUUCUCAUCGUUGUGAGCUUUUGUGUGUGUAUAAAUUAUGAAUAGACUCCUUUUAUCGUUAGGUCCGUGUAUAAAAGAAGAGAAUUAAAUAGCAUUUUACAAUGAAAAUGAAUGACUGGCUGCUUCUUCCAAGGUUAGCUGAAAGGGAGUGCAGGGAAGG